AUGAUGAUACCUACUGGCUCAAGCCCCAUCCUGCUCCUGGCGGUGCUGCUGUGCUGGGUGGUCCCCAGCGGGCAGGAGCCAGUCCAGGUGCAGCUGCGGCUGGCGGGGCCGCGAGGGCCAGCCGGGGAGGGCCGGCUGGAGGUCCUGUAUCAGGGGCGCUGGGGCACUGUCUGCGACGAUGGCUUCGACUUCCACGCGGCCACCGUCGCCUGCCGGCAACUGGGUUACACCGCAGCCAUCACCUGGACACAUAGUGCCACCUAUGGCCAAGGGGAAGGUCCCAUCUGGCUGGACAAUGUUCGGUGUGGCGGCAGCGAGGGCUCCCUGGCAGAGUGCAUCCACAAUGGCUGGGGCACCAGUGACUGCCGUCACAGUGAGGAUGCUGGUGUGGUGUGCUCCGGACAGCGCCUUCCUGGUGGCCCUCCCGAGAUCACCACCUCUGGCCACACGGGAAAGGUGUCAGGGCUGAGUCUGGAGGAGGUGCGGCUCAAGCCCAUCCUGGCACGGGCCAAGCUUAGCAUGCCAGUGAUGGAGGGUGCUGUGGAGGUGAAGCACAACGGGCGCUGGAGGCAGGUGUGCGAUGCUGGCUGGACCAGGAACAACAGCCGUGUGGUCUGUGGGAUGCUGGGCUUCCCCCGGGAGAAGCAUGUCAACAUCAGCUUCUACCGAAAGCUCUGGAACAUGAAGAUGAAGGACCCCAACUCCAGCCUGAAGACUCUUAGCCAGAAGAACAGCUUCUGGGUCCACAGGGUACAGUGCCAGGGUGCAGAGCCCCACCUGGGCUGGUGCCCCAUACAAGUGGCCCCAUUGGGUUCCAAUCAGCAUGCCUGCCGCCAUGGCAUGCAUGCCAUUGUCAGCUGCCUUCCUGGCCCUGUCUCCCAGAAGGGCAAGGGCAAGGACAGGAGCAAGACCUCCCCGGGAAAGGUGCUCCCUGUGCGGCUGCGAGCAGGCACCCAUGCUGGUGAGGGCCGGGUGGAGGUGCUGCGCCAUGGGCAGUGGGGUACUGUGUGUGACAAGCAGUGGGACCUGGCUGCAGCCAGCGUGGUGUGCCGGCAGCUGGGCUACGGGACGGCAAAGCAGGCCCUGGUGGGAGCCCAGAUGGGCCAAGGCCUGGGGCCCAUCCACAUGAGCGAAGUACAGUGCACCGGCCACGAGCGCUCCCUGGGUGAGUGCCGCUUUCGGGACGCUGAGCAGAGCAGGUGCCGGCACGAGGCUGACGCUGCUGUCCGCUGCCACAUGCCCCACAUGGACUUCCAGAGCCAGGUGCGUCUGGCUGGGGGCCGCAGCCCCGAGGAGGGUGUGGUGGAGGUGCUGGUGCCAGUAGAAGGGCGGCUGCAGUGGGGUGCAGUGUGUGGAGCACAGUGGGGGCUGAACGAAGCCAUGGUCGUUUGCAGGCAACUGGGGCUGGGCUUUGCCAGCCACGCCCUCCAGGAGACAUGGUACUGGGCAGGCAGCCCCGAUGCCACCCAGGUGGUGAUGAGUGGGGUGCGCUGCACCGGUACUGAGCUGGCCCUUCAGCAGUGCCAGCACCACGGCCCUGUCCACUGCCCCAGCGGCGGGGGACGCUUCUCGGCGGGGGUCACAUGCACUGCUUAUGCCCCAGACUUGGUCAUGAAUGCCCAGCUGGUGCAGGAGACAGCCUACCUGGAGGACCGGCCGCUGGAGCUGCUCUAUUGUGCCCAUGAGGAGCGCUGCCUCUCUGGCUCUGCUGAUCACAUGCACUGGCCCUACGGCUAUCGCCGCCUCCUCCGCUUCUCCUCCCAGAUCCACAACCUGGGCAGAGCUGAUUUCCGGCCCAGGAUGGGGCGCCAUGCCUGGACCUGGCACCAGUGCCACCGACACUUCCAUAGCAUUGAGGUCUUCACCCACUAUGACCUGCUAACGCUCAAUGGCUCCAAGGUGGCUGAAGGGCACAAAGCCAGCUUUUGCCUAGAGGACACAAACUGCCCUGAAGGGCUGCAACGACGCUUUGCCUGUGCCAACUUUGGGGAGCAGGGAGUGAGUGUGGGGUGCUGGGACACCUACCGCCAUGACAUUGACUGCCAGUGGAUUGACAUCACCGAUGUACCACCAGGAAGCUACACCUUCCAGGUGGUUGUGAACCCCAAGCACGAGGUGGCUGAGUCAGACUUCUCCAACAAUGUGAUGAGGUGCCAGUGCAAGUACGAUGGGCAGCGCAUCUGGAUGCAUGGCUGCCACACAAGUGAUGCCUAUGGUGCUGACGUGGUGAGUGAUCUGGAGCGCCAGGAGCGCUUGGCCAACAACCUCGUGUGACUCCUCCAGCAUCAGCACAGUCCCAGCAGCGCUGUAGGGCAGCACAGCUCCCUCACCCUGUUCCCUGCACCCCAGCAGCACCGAACUGAGCUCAGGGACUUGGAGACUCUUUUAUUUAUUGAUGCUGCCACAGAGGAUGGCAAUGAGCACCAGGGCCAGUGGGGAGCACCCAGGGAUGCCCAGCCCUGAAUGAUGAGCAGGACCUAUGAGAGGGGUCCAGGUACUUCAAGAGCUCCCACAUCCUUGGCUCCAGUGCACCCCCUGGACAACUACCUCACCCUGCCUGCCUGGCCCCUACCCCAGCAGGCUCAGGACAGGCCCUGGCCCUUGCCACCCAUGCACCAAUCCUGUCCUCAAUAAAGGUGUUGUGUGAUGGGAGAGGGAUGCUGUGCUACGGGAGAGGAGGUACCCCCUUAUCAUCCCCUGCUCCUUCCUGUGUGACCACAAAGCCAAUCCUCAACCAGGAAUACCCUAGUCUAGGCAAUGUCUCCCUGGCCAGGCAGUGUUUCCCCUGCCACCCAGAGCCACAAGUUCCCUGGCUAGCAGCCUGUGGCUGGUGUCAAGCAACUUUGGUUCACCACCAGUGGUCCCUACAAGUCAGGGCACCCUGGCCCUGAACUGGCUGACCCCAGGCACACAAAGGAACCAGGCCAGUUCUGUGGCAGUACAGGCCAGCAGCCAGCCCACUGGCCACUGCAUGUGCAACCAUCGUGCCGGGCUUUCCUAGGCUGCCCUGGAAGCUUCCCAACCCCCAGGAGCAGGCAUAGGACUGCUCUGCCCCUCAAAGCCCUUGUUCCUGGGCACGGAGUGGGGACAGCAUGCCCUUUCUAUGUUUCUUUCCUCCUGUGGUUUCUAGUACAUUUGUUCCAAAACCAAAUAAAUGGCAGUAUU